AUGGACAUUAUAACUCGUUGGAACAGCACGUUAGAUAUGUCAGAAAGAGUUGCAAAUCUACAAGAGCCUAUAGAAGCUGCAAUAGGUUUGUUGCAUAAUAAAGUUGAAAACCUUUCAGAAAACGAAUGGCAGAUUCUUCCAGAAGUUGUAAAAAUAUUAAAACCAUUCAAACAACUUACUGAGGAAUUUUCGUCUGAAAACGAAGUGACUAUUUCAAAAAAAUUGGCAGGAAAUUCCAGCGUUUUACGAAUACUCAAUAACUUGAAUAACACUCUGACUUGUGAUUUGUCCAAACAAUUAGUCUCUAAACUGAAAGCCGAAUUUAAUAUCAGGUUCAAAAAUAGCUCGCGAUACCAAGUUCUAUCAAAAGCUGCGAUUUUGGACCCUAGGUUUACGACACAAGCUUUUGCUGACGAUUCAUGUUAUGAGUAUGCAAAAAAUUAUGUGAAAGAAGAAUUGGAAAGGAUGGCAAAACCAUCGUUUGUGAAUGAAUCCGAAAGCGAAGAUAUAGAUUCUCCUAUGUUUGACGAGCAACAAGACUCUAUUUAG